AUGGCUUCCAGCAAGGAACGGAAGGAGGCUGAGGAUGUGGUUGAUGUGACGGCCAAGAAGGAGAAGAAGGACAAGAAGGAGAAGAAGGAGAAGAAGGAAAAGAAGCGGUCGGAGACGGACGGUGUGCAUAAGAGCAAGGACAAGAGUGACAAGAAGGAGAAGAAGCAGAAGAAGGAGAAGCUCGCACAGGCCGUUGAGGCUCACCUGUCAUCAUCAGCGGCGUCGGUCGAGGGGGAGGAGAAGAAGCAAGAGAAGAGCGUCAACGAGGACGACAAGAUGGCAGACGGCGAGACGUCGACUAAGCAGCCGCGGGCGCCCAAGCCCAUUGUCCGGGGUGCCGUGGUUGAGUUUGCCCGGCCGCUGGCUGCUGACAAGUACCAGAAGAAGGUGUUCAAGAUUGUGAAGCGAGCCGCCAAGCAGCAGGCUCUUCUGCGCGGAGUCAAGGAGGUCAACAAGGCCCUGCGCAAGGCGGCGCCCAAGAACCCGUCGGCCAAGGACGGCGGCAACGUGCCGGGCGUGGUGAUCAUUGCGGGCGACGUCAACCCGGCAGAGGUGAUUAUGCACCUGCCGCUGGCGUGCGAGGACGUGAACGCACCGUACGUGUUUGUGGUGUCCCGUGGCGAGCUGGGCCAGGCGGCGCGCACAAAGCGGCCGACGUCGGUGGUGAUGAUCAAGGCCGAGGGCCGGGUGUCGAAGAAGGCCGACGAGAAGAAGGCGAAGAAGGACGACGAUGACGAAGAUGACGACGACGAGGGCAGCUACGCAGACCAGUACAAGGAGUUUGUGCAGCUAGUGCAGAAGGAGUACGUCAAGCAGAUGAAGGGGCUCAUCUGA